UCCAAAGUAUUGAAACCAAAUUUGGAGUUUCAUUUAUUUAUUCUUUCCGCCCUUUCUUUUAUUUCUCUGUCUGUGAUGAAUUGAUGGGCAAUUUUCAUUAAUAGAGGGAGACGAGAAGUGUGCUUCCUGCGCCAUGAGCGGGAGCAACGUUAACAAGGUCUUCUACGCCGAAAACUACCAUCCCAUUCAAGCCGGCAGCAUCGACGGCACCGAUAUUCUUCCCCACGACAACGCCGUCUACCGAGCUUUGCUCUGUUCCUCUGCUGGCCUCUAUGACCCUCUCGGCGAUCUCAAGGUCUUCGGUGACCCUUAUUGCACUCUCUUCGUUGGUCGCCUUUCGCAUUUGACUACCGAAGACACUCUUCGUAGGGCUAUGGGCAAGUAUGGUGAGGUUAAGAAUCUACGCUUAGUCAGACACAUUGUAACUGGUUCUUCACGUGGUUAUGCGUUUGUUGAAUAUGAAACUGAAAAAGAGAUGCGACGUGCAUAUAAGGAUGCUCAUCAUUCUAUGAUAGAUGAUUGCGAAGUUGUAGUUGAUUAUAAUCGACAACGGCUAAUGUCUGGAUGGAUUCCACGGAGAUUAGGAGGUGGCCUUGGGGGUAAGAAGGAAUCUGGACAGCUUCGAUUUGGAGGAAGAGAAAGGCCGUUUCGAGCUCCAUUACGUCCGAUCCCUUAUGAUGAUUUGAAAAGGCUUGGGAUUACUCCUCCUCCUGAAGGAAGAUACAUGUCCCGGUUUCAGGUACCUUCUCCUCCCAGAAGAGAAACAGAUUCUUUACGUCGGGAAGAAGGCUCUAAUAAGAAUGAUCUUACGGAGAAGGAUGGAUACAAUCAAAGAGAUAGUUCUAUAGAUGAAGAUGAUUGGUCUCAUAUGAGGGACUCAAAUGACUACAGAGGGGGGCACUCACACAAGGGAAACUACGAGAAGAUGAAACAUGAAUCUAGGAGGGCCUCAAACGACAAGGAUGAUUAUUCCCCCCACAUGAGAUUUUCUGAGAAGGAAGACUAUUAUCAGAGGAGAUCUGCUGAGAAGGAAGAUCUUUAUCGGAGGAGCUCUUCAGACAAGCACCGAUCUCGCAGAAGAGAUUCUAAUGAUAGAGAUGAUCACUCGCGAAAGCGUCACAAAUCUCAUAGAUAAAGGUCCAUCAAAUUCUAGUGUAUUUGAUGCAAUUCCAUUUUGUUGUAAUUUUGGACACAUGAAUAAGAUGGCUUCAUUGUGAUGGGAUCUUUAUCGGAGGAGCUCUUCAGACAAGCACCGAUCUCGCAGAAGAGAUUCUAAUGAUAGAGAUGAUCACUCGUGGAAGCGUCACAAAUCUCAUAGAUAAAGGUCCAUCACAAUGAAGUCAUCUUAUUCAUGUGUCCAAAAUUACAACAAAAUGGAAUUGUAUCAAAUAACUAGAGCUUCAUGCAUGACGAAUAAAAGUUAAAUUUGAGUUAAAUUAAAUGAAGUCAAAUGGCAUUAAAGUUGAAGUUGAGUUGCAUGGAAGGACUCUAGUUGCAUUCAAUGAACUCAAAUGCAUGCAUCAAGUAAUGUGGUUCUUACAUUUUU